CCGCCAUGACACCUUUGCUGGAGCACGAGCGGCAGAUCUUUCUCGACUUGUUCCACGAGGACGGGCUCGUGGUGACGGCCCGGGGCCUGGGGGUGGACAGGAUCCUGCUGCUCCUGAAGCUGCACUGCGACCCCGGCAACCUGGUGCUGGUGCUCAACACCAAUGUGGCCGAGGAGGAGUACUUCAUUGAGCAGUUACGCUCUGAAGGGGUGUCACACCUUCCUCGUAUCAUUAACAAUGAAAUCCCCAGUAGUGAGCGCUACACUGUGUACACUGAAGGUGGAGUCUUGUUUGUGACCAGUCGCAUUCUGGUAGUUGACUUCUUAACAAAUCGAAUUCCUGCAAACCUUAUCACAGGAAUAUUGGUAUACAAAGCUCAGAAAAUCAUCGAGUCCUGUCAAGAAGCAUUUAUUCUCCGGCUAUAUCGGCAGAAGAACAAGCAGGGUUUUAUCAAGGCUUUCACGGAUAAUGCGGUGGCUUUCAGCGCUGGAUUCUGUAAAGUGGAGAGGGUGAUGAGAAAUUUGUUUGUUCGAAAGCUAUACCUCUGGCCAAGAUUUCACAUAGCUGUCAGCUCUUUCUUGGAGAGACAUAAACCUGAAGUAAUCGAACUGCAUGUGUCUCUGACACCUGCCAUGCUGGCUAUCCAAACUUCUAUGAUGGACAUAAUGAACGCCUGCUUGAGAGAACUUAAACGCUACAACCCAUCGUUGGAAAUCGAGGAUCUGUCUCUUGAGAAUGCUAUUGGGAAGUCAUUUGACAAGAUAAUUCGGCACUAUUUGGAUCCAGUCUGGCACCAGCUUGGCGCUAAGACCAAGUCUCUGGUCCAGGAUUUGAAGAUUCUCCGCACCCUAUUACAGUAUCUGACUCAAUAUGAUUGUGUUACCUUCCUCAAUCUGCUGGAAUCUCUUCGAGACAGCGAGAAAACAUUUGGACAAAACUCAGGAUGGUUGUUCUUGGAGGCCAGCGACAUCAUGUUUGUGAAUGCUCGAGCUAGAGUUUAUAAGCUUCCUGAGACCAGGCUUAAAACCUUCAAAAAUCCAGCCAAGGUUGAACAAAAAGAAAUGAAGGAGACAGAGGGAAAGAGAGAGCUGGUACUGGAGCAGAACCCAAAGUGGGAAGCAUUGAGUGAGGUUCUGAAAGAGAUCAGGAGCGAAAAUGAACCAGGUGAAGCCCUGGAAAGCCCAGGCCAAGUGCUGAUCUGUGCCAGCGAUGACCGAACCUGUGCUCAGCUGAAGGAGUACAUCACUGUUGGAGCCGAGGCAUUGUUAACGAGGCUGUACAGUAAAACCUUGGGGACGAAUGAGAAGGCGGAGGAUGCGUGGGCAAACUCUGUAAAAGACAGGGUGCUCGGUAAGUCCAAGAAAAUGUCUAAAUCCGACAAUGGGCCCAAACAGAAGAAAGCAAAAACAGAGAGUGUUAAAAAUUGCACAACCAGGAAGAAACCUGAACUGACCUUGACACAAAUGACAGGAGGAGCAAAGCAUGAAGGUACUAAGAAGGAGGAAGGUGGAGAAGAAAGUGGGAGCCAGGAAAGCAGCACUGAAGAAGCUGAGGGUUUGCCACAGAAUCUACCAACAAACUCUUGCUAUGGGAUCCUAACAGAGCCGCUCCUUCUCAUCCACCCGCUGCAAGGCUGCAGUGAUUCGUACAGCCUAACGCGUGUACUGCACGAGGUUGAUCCCCGCUAUGUUAUUCUGUAUGAUGCAGAGCUGACAUUUGUUCGCCAGCUUGAGAUUUACAAAGCCAGCAGGCCUGGCCAGCCCCUCAGAGUUUACUUCCUGAUUUAUGGUGGCUCUUCAGAAGAACAGCGUUACUUGACAACUCUGAGAAAAGAGAAGAUGGCUUUUGAGCAUUUAAUAAGGGAGAAGGCUGUAAUGGUUGUCCCUCAGGAGAGGGAGGGAAGAGAUGACUCAAACCAGGACCUCGUACGCAGUGUGGUUCCACCGACUGCAACUGCAGACACACGCAAGGCAGGUGGCCAGGGACAGAAGAAAGAGGAACAUUGCAUUAUAGUGGACAUGCGGGAGUUCCGCAGUGGGCUUCCUUCCCUGAUACACAAACGCGGCAUUGACAUUGAGCCGGUCACUCUGGAGGUGGGCGACUACAUUCUGACUCCUGAUAUUUGUGUGGAACGCAAGAGUGUGAGCGACUUGAUCGGCUCCUUGAACAACGGCCGCCUCUACGCACAGUGCGUCUCCAUGACCCGAUACUAUAAGCGACCCAUGCUUCUAAUCGAGUUUGAUCCUAGCAAAUCCUUCUCCCUGAAUUCCAAAGGGACAAUUCACCAGGAGAUUUCCGCCAACGAUACCACCUCCAAGCUCGCUCUGCUGACGCUCCACUUUCCCAGGCUGCGCAUCCUCUGGUGCCCGUCUCCACACGUAACAGCUGAACUGUUUGAGGAGCUGAAGCAAGGCAGGCCCCAGCCCGAUGCAGCCACUGCCAUGGCUAUUGCAGCUGAUUUAGACACUCUCUCCGAGUCGGGCAAAUACAAUCCAGGCUCACAUGACUUCCUGAUGAAAAUGCCUGGCGUGAACAGCAAAAACUGCCAUGCUCUGAUGAACCGUGUGGAGAACCUCACUGAGCUGGUCAGCCUCACCAAAGACAGUUUAGCAGACAUAUUAGGCAAUGCUAACAAUGCCAAGCUACUGUGGGAAUUCAUUCACUCUUCAUGUAAAGAUAAUGUAGCACAAGGAAAACGAAAAAAGUAAUUAUCUUAUUGUAAAAAAAACUUGAUGGCCUCAAGGUCAAUGCCUUGGGUUACUGGCAGCUCAUAAAUUGCAAAAAUCUGAGCGAGGAUAUCAGCUGCCUGUUUGAAGAGGUUAUUGGUGCAAAACUCUCAUUCCCAUUCUAUCCCUCUCCUGCUAUCAUGUCGUUGCAGUGAGAAUAGUUGACAGUGAAUGCCUCCCCCCCCAUCCCCCCCCGAGGGUGA